CAGCGCUGAAUGCAGCGGAGCGGCAACAACAGACAGCCCUGACCAUGGCGGAAGAAGACGACGCUAAGAUCCGGAUUUUACAGAGUCUGCGGGGGAAAAUAUGUGAAGCUAAGAACCUUGGUCCAGUCUCGGGUCAGAACCGUCAGAGGGAUCUAUGUACGUUUUGCACCAUAAGUCUGGAUCAGGAGGAAGUGUUCCGCACCAAAGUGUUUGACAAAUCUGGCAGCCCUUUCUAUGGAGAGGAUUUUUACUUUGAGAUCCCGCGGCCGUUUCAGUUUUUAUCCUUCUACGUUUAUGCCAAGGGGGUUUUUCAGAGGGACUUACCUGUUGGCAAGGUGUCGAUCCGGAAGGACGAUCUGUGUAAAUACAGCGGAAAGGAGCACUGGUUUAGCCUGCAGCCAGUAGAUCCCAACUCGGAAGUUCAGGGCAAGGUUCACCUGGAGAUGCGGCUGAAUGAAGUGAUCACAGAGAACGGCUCCAUAGGUCAACAUUUACUAGUCCGGAUAAUCGAGUGCAAGGAGCUGCCUUUGAUCAGUGGCCAGAACUGCGACCCCUAUGCCACAGUGUCACUCGUCGGGCCUGCCAGGUCGGACCAAAAGAAAACGAAAGUCAAGAAGAAAACAAGCAACCCCUGCUUUGAAGAAACCUUCUUCUUUGAGGUCACACGCUCCAGCAGCUACUCCAAAAAGUCUCAUUUUCAAGUGGAGGAGGAGGACAUAGAAAAGCUGGAGAUCAAAGUGGACCUGUGGAACAGUGAAAACCUGGCUCAGGAUGUGUUUCUGGGGGAAACCAGAGUCCCUGUCAAGGUCCUGCGUAACGACCUCACCCACAAAGCUUGGUAUCUUCUUCAGCCCAAGGGGAACGGUAGCAAGUCCAAAUCUGAUGACUUGGGGUCGCUGCGCCUGAAGUUGACCUACAUCGAGGACAUGGUGCUGCCAUCUGCCUGCUACAAGCCACUCUGCAACCUGCUGCUGAAAUCCCCAGACGUGAAGCCCAUCUCAGCAUCAGCAGCACACAUCUUGGGGGACAUCUGCAGGGAGCGAUACGAAGUCGUUCUGCCGAUGGUCCGACUGCUGCUUUACCACAAUCGCUUUGUGCCUUUUGUUUCUGCUGUGGCAGCGCUGGAGCUGGACAACACUCAGGAGGCUAACACUAUAUUUCGGGGCAACUCUCUGGCAACGCGCUGCAUCGACGACAUGAUGAAGAUUGUGGGAAAGAGUUACCUCGCUGUUACCCUGAAGCCCGUAAUAGAUGAGAUUUGUGAUUCCAACAAAAGCUGUGAAAUUGACCCCAUUAAACUAAAGGAAGGGGACAACGUGGAGGUCAAUAAGGAGAACCUUCAGGGUUACGUCCAGAAAGUUUUUUCUUUAAUCACCCAGUCCAGCUCCAGCUGCCCCCCUCUCAUGUGUGACGUCUUCAGGUCUUUAAGGCAACUGGCGUGCAAACGCUUCCCAGGCGACCCACACGUUCAGUAUUCGGCCGUCAGCAGCUUUGUGUUCCUGCGCUUUUUCGCCGUGGCCGUUCUUUCUCCGCACUCUUUCCAGCUUCGUUCCCAUCUUCCUGAUCCAGAAAUUUCACGCACCCUCACGCUCAUCUCAAAAACCAUCCAGACUCUGGGUAGCUGGGGCAGCUUGUCCAAGAAACUGUCCAGCUUCAAAGAAACAUAUAUGUAUGACUUCUUCAAAUCAUUCCAAGAGGAAAAGUGCAUUGAAAAAGUUAAAAAGUUUCUUGAUGAAAUCUCCUCCAACGUCAAUAAGGAGUCCAGCGGCCUGGAGGAUGCAGUGGUUCUUAAAGAAGGGGAAGUGCAGAAACGUGCUCAGGGGAAAAAGCGCCUUGGCAAGAAAAACUUCAAAAAGAGAUGGCUCAGAGUGACCAACAAGGAGCUCACCUACCACAAACACAAAGGGAAGGAGGCCAUCUGCAUCAUCAACGUCAAGAACAUCCGAGCCGUGGAGAAACUGGAUGAAAGUGCCUUUAACCGCAAAAAUAUGUUCCAGGUGGUGCACUCUGAGAAGCCGUUGUACGUUCAGGCGGGAAACUGUGUGGAAGCCAGCGAGUGGCUGGAGAUCCUGGGUCAGGUCAGCCGCUGCAACGAAGGGCGGCUGGCCACCUUCCAUCCAUCGAACUACACGGGCGGAGCCUGGCAGUGCUGCAAAAGCCAGAGCAGCAGCGCUCCGGGCUGCAAGCCCUGCACAGCCACCAUGCUGGCCAACCUGCAGCUGGACAUCGACUGCGACCGCGAGGCAGAGAGACUUUUCUCCUUCCUCUCCUCAAACGAUGUCAAGCUCCAUAACAUGGAGGAUGCGUGUGCCAGCAUGGCCGUGUACCAGGGCCCCCAGCGAGAGCCAGAGGAGUACUCCAAGUUCACCAUCCAGGAACCCAAAGAGACCUUUCAGACACUCAAACAGCUACGGAACGUGAUGGAGGAGCUGCAGAGGCAGCACGACACCCGCAGCGACACCACCGCACAAUACGGCAGCCUUGACAACCCUAUUGUGGGGAAAACCUCUUAACCUGUGGAGUGGGUGUGGCUUAAACGGCCAUGCAGCGGAUUUUUAUUGUCCUUGAAGAGCCCCGACCCAUCGGAAAAGGCGUCUCCGUGACGGAAACCUUCAGACAUGAAGAGGAACGCCUCUGCAGGGCUCGGUCGCUCCUCGUCUCUCAGGCAGAGGCGGCUCCCGAUCUCUUUUUUUGUGUCCGCUCCGCGGUUCAGCAUGGGCACGGUGGAAGCGUCGUCUGAUGGUGUGUGAAUAGGCUGCUAUUACCUGUUUUUAUUCACUCUGUUCGACAUCCACAGCUGUGAAAAUCCUUGGUUUCUAACAUCCUGCUCUCCCCCCUUGAACCUUGGAGUUUCUUUCUGUCUUGGCUCCAUAAACGUCCCUCCAGUUAAUAUAUAUAUAUAUCUAUAUAUAUAUAGAUAUAUAUAUAUAGAUGUGUGUGUGUGUGUGUGUGUGUGUGUGUGUGUGUGUGUGUGUGUGUGUGUGUGUGUGUGUGUGUGUGUGUGUGUGUGUGUAGAUAAAACCAGUCUGCCUUACUUUGAUGGAUGUUCCUUUCCCAUUUAAUGCUGAGGAAAUAAUGCAGAAGCACUUUACAUAUUUGGAAAUGUCCAAAUGAAAACGAUUAGAUACAUGGUAUCAGCUUUCCUCUUUUUGAUCAGUUACAUGAUCUCAAAUACAGUUUUGCUGUUUCGUUUCUGUACAAUAAGAUUUCUAUAGCCUGUAGAUUUUAAGAUAUUUUCUUGACCAAAGGCAGGACGUACAUGUUGAUGUAUUUUGACUAUAAACCUUUGAAAAUGGAGACCAAAAAAUAACAGAAAUAUAUUGCAUGUGUUCAGUUUUGAAGCCCGAUAGCACGACUGUGGUGAAGAGUUGUUUUUCCUCGUGAUUGUGAAUCGUACAUCUGAACCUGUGCUGUCAUAUGAAGAGCCUCCCGACACACCUAUAGUGGCCUACGUGAGUCUAAACGGAGUUCAGGCACGUUUUGUCUCCGGCACGUCUAAGCCGGGUUUGACAAUCGCAGGGCCAUCUUUGCUUCUGUCCCUUACAUUGACUGUAUAUGAAAACUGGACUGAGUGUCCCCUCCCCCCACUUGCGUUUUUAAGCAGGAAGUACGGUUUGCUCAAAGAAGCCAGAAUCUCACAGACUUCAAUUGAGAAGUUGCUGUGUUCACACUGGCCGGGUAACGCGCUGUCUAGUUACCACUUCCAAUAAAAAGUCGUUGUAAUUCAAAACUAUCAGGUUCACAUGUAGCUUCUUAAGCUUUUAGGACCAAUUCCGGGAUCUGUGUACAAAACGCUUGUCCAAUGAACGUGCGUUGAAAGUUAAACCAGUUGAACUUUGGCCAAUCAGAGACUCGGAUUUGGGUGGAGUCCUUUUUAAUUUCACUGAAGUCCCAACUUUUUGUUAAGUGAUCAUUAAGAAGAAAUUAAUAUUUGCAGUUUGUGCCCGGCCGGAAUUAUAUGACACCAAGGCCGAAUCCGAAUUCUUCCAAUCCCUGUAUAGCUUCUCCCUACCCUGACAUGUAGCCCUCCAAACAGAGAGUUAUAGAAAAAUAGUGUCUUCUAAUUCGGAGAUCCUUCCCACUCGGAAUAGGGAGAAGCCGGUGAGGUAGGGGAAGAAUUCGAAUUGAGCCCAAGUCUUUGGUAUAUCAGAAUAAAGCUGUGACAGAAAAAAGCUGGAGCAAGAUUCACAAGAUUUGAACCAAUUCAACAUUUCACACCAAGCCUCUUCCAGCUGUCUGCACAUGUGCUACUAUUGGGUAGCAACAGUCCAGUGUAAACAUCACACGCUAAACGCACAUUUCAAGAAUGCAUGUUUAGCGUCUGUUCUUGAUCAUGUCACAUGCCCGGUGUGAACGUAGCAUCAGAAUAACUAUUUCUUGCUAACAUGUUUUUGCUAAUCCUCGUUUCUUUGUGAUAUUUUGUUCAUUGGUGCAAGUUCUUUAAGUUAUAAACUGGCCAAUCAGAUGCCUCAAUGAAGUAGGUGGAGCCUGCGGGGCCUCAAUGUACCACGUUUAAAACAUUUUAUUGAGCGAUUUUGUGGUAGGGAUGUGGACUUCAACAAGCUCACUUCUGAUUGGUAGGAGUGGUCCCCAUAGAAACUCAAACAAACUCGGACCAGUCACUGCUUACCAACGUCUGGCUCCAGCAUGGUGGCGCCCCUGUUGCAAAAUAAAUGGCGAUUGACUUGACCUCGUUUCGUUGAAGCUGAAAGUAACCCAUUUUCUACGAGUGACAUCACACUCACUCAGUCCACUUCUCAUAUACAGUCAAUUGUCCCUCACCAGCAUCACUCCACAGCUCUAGCUGUCCCGCUUCGUGGUUUUUACAGUUUUCUUCGAGACUCGGCGGCCUGGAGCGGAGCGUCAGAAAUGCACAUUUCUAAAAUGCUUCUAUUUUUAAACAACUCUGUAUGGUGACGUUUUUAGUAAAACAUGAGAAAUAUGAGAGAACUUUACUCAUCGUAGCGUCGUUCGUCACCAAAAUGCGAUUAAAAUUUAUUAGAUGUACUCUCCUAAAUGGAAGUAUUUUGUUUUUUAGCCGCCAAAUCCUCCUGAAACCAACAGAUUCCUGUGGUUGUCACUGACUCACUCCUCCUCAGCUGUUUUGGGCUGAAACACUUUUAUUUUCUUGAACCUUUUUGUGCCCCCACCCCCCUAAGGUCACUCCUGCACCUUUUCCAACAAUGAAGAAAGGGAAACUUGAUGUAACAUGUUGGACAUUCAUUCUGGUGAAACAGGGUCUGCCAUCUUUUUUUAUUAUUAUUAUUAUUUUAUUUUUUUUAUUAAAUGAUCUGUUUUGUCUUUGAUUCAUCACUUAUAUUUCUAACGUGCAUGUUAUUUCUUAUUUAACGGUUUAUUUUUCAAGAUAAAAGUAUUUGUAUCCGUGUUGUUGUUUCUGUUGUUGCUUGCCUCUGCAGAGUAGAUGUGUUGCUCUGCUGGUACCAGCCUUGUUCUUCGUCUGUCAUGUGUUUUUUUUUCGGGGCUGCCUUUUGUUUGCGGACCUUCAGUUCGGAGAUGAACGGCGGGGGGGGGGUUAUUUAAGUGAAUGUGUGGCGCCUCCUCUGUUAAACUCCAACAGGAAUCGCUGCAGGUUAAUGAGCUGAAGGACACUUGUUGAACUGUGAAACAGUUUAAUGCUCAUUUUAAUUUGGAGAAAAAGCUCUUUUUUUUUUUUUAAUUAAAUUCAACCCCAGAUGUGAGGAUGAAGUUGUAGAAAUUCACUGUAUACGAAGUGGAAUUUCAGCUUUGUUUCUAAUUUUAAAAAAGGCCAGUGGAAGUUGAUUAAUGCAUUUUUUAAAUAGUUCCUUUAAUCUCCAUCCUAAUAUUUUCUGAUCUGCUCCAGGAAACUCCUGCAGCAGCCUGGUGCUUUGGUACCAAACCUGCAUCCUGAAUUGAUCCAUCUGAGAGAAAAAUGUGUGCUUUCAGACUAAAGUAGGAUGUGACGUAUGUGAUUUUUAAGCACUUUGUUUAAAUAAUGAAAAUGUUUAUUUAGCUGGAAGAAUAAUUAGCACCAAAAGUAAACGAAAAUGUGUAAAAAUGUGUUUGUUUGUCCCCAAGAAAAAUGAGAAAAGCUAAAAGUUUCCAAUUUUUUUUUGUUUAAAUCCAGUUUCUAAUGUAAAAGAGAUUAUCUACAUUUCUCCAACUUCUCUCUGAAUGUGUCAGACUCUUUUUAAUGUCUGGUUUUAUACUCCACAACUGUUUUUUUCCAUGCUGUGUCAGUAAAAAAUAAAACCUUUGCAAACAUUUA